AUGCAGCAAAACGGAGAUCCACGUCGAUCGAAUCGAAUCGUCCGGUACAAACCUCUCGAUGCAACUGCUAACCAGCAACAAGCAGUCAGCGAUGAUCCACUUCCAGAGUACAUGAAUGUGCUCGGUAUGAUUUUCAGCAUGUGUGGACUGAUGAUUCGAAUGAAAUGGUGCUCGUGGCUGGCUCUCGUCUGCUCCUGCAUCUCCUUUGCCAACACCCGUACUUCGGACGAUGCCAAACAAAUUGUUAGCAGUUUCAUGCUGUCAGUCUCCGCCGUCGUGAUGAGCUACCUCCAGAAUCCAUCGCCAAUCAUUCCUCCAUGGGUUACCCUUCUUCAAUCUUGA